UUUUUUUACUGUGUCCGGUCUGUUGUUGUUGAUUGAUUCGUUGUUUACAUGGUUUGGAUCAACAUUUCUUGAAGGGAUACUUUGAUUUGGAUUAUCAAAGCUCGUAGUUGGAGUAUCAACUAAAACAUUAUGGAUUGCUGCCGGGUUUGCUUGGUAGACGAAGCUGACGUAUUCCUGUCGCUAUUUUCCAAGUCCGACCAAAUCUCGAUCUCGGAAAUGAUCAAUGAGCUGACCGGAUUGAAGAUUUUGAAAGGCGACGGUCUUCCUCGGUUCAUUUGCAAGGAGUGUUCGGAAGACAUUAAGAAAUGCUACAGGGUACGGCUCAAGUGCUUGGAAUCCGACCAACAGCUACGCAGUACUCUAGAGCAAACGCAUAAAAGAAUGAAAAUGGUGGAAUUCUAUCUCCAGAAAGAGAUACAAAAAGGGGAAUCAGCUGGAGCGGAAAAAAUGACCGAUGAUAUAUCUCCUGAGGUUUUGAAAAAUGUCAUAUGCGAUGACAAACUGAUGAAAAUGCUACCUUCUGAAGAUGAACCGAAGAAUCUUGCUGUGGGGUCCGACUCACUGAUCAUUACAACUGUGCCACCAGUUUCUGAAAAUGUGCAGGUGGCUCUAAAUCAAGUUAUCAUUAAACAAGAAAGCAACGUCGAUUUGUUAGUCGAAAACGUAUCUCAGGACGAUGAGGAUGUCAAUGAAGAAGUAGUAGAAGAAGAAGAGGAAGAGGAAGAAAGAAACUCGUACAUUGAGGAAGAAACAUUGGAGGAAAAUGUUUCAUCAGAGAAGCUACCAAAUGAGGAGUGUAUCACUUCGAAUCAGAACGUGGUUGAAGAAGAACUUGAAUAUUCCGAAGUAUAUUUGGAAAUGAAUGACGAAAGUCCUGAAGGAGAACAUUACACCAUUACAACAGAGGAGGAAGGUAAUGUAGAACAGGUAACCAUUGUUGAUAAAGUUGAUUCAGAUUGCUCCCAAGAGGAAGAUUCCGGUAAAUUUAUUUGCUGCGGCUGUAAAAUGCAAUUUAGUUCAAACGAAGAACUAUUGCAGCACUCAGCAGAUGAGCAUGAAAAAAUGAGACUGAAGCGUAGUGCAAAACCGUUUGAGUGCAACAUAUGUUUCAAACGAUUUCUCAGCGAGGCUCGAUUGAUUCUCCAUCAGUCUUAUGUGUAUCGGGAGAAAAAUCACGUUUGCGACAAGUGUAGCUCUCGUUUCACGUGUCGCGGUUCGUUACUAAACCAUAUGAAAACACAUGCUGAUCGGACUUACUUUUGUGAAGAUUGUGAUAAAUCUUUCCACACAAGUAGCACAUUGAAGUCUCAUCGUCUGCUGCACUCUGAGUCGAAGCAGUUCAAAUGUCCUGCAGAAGAUUGCGAUAAAAGUUUCCUCAGAAAAUCUGACCUGCAUAUCCAUCUCGUAUCACAUUCCGACGAACGCCCCUUCGAAUGUGAAAUAUGUUCUAGCCGUUUCAAGUCGAAAGCUCACUUAGUGCACCACGGUAAGGUUCAUACCAAAGAGAAGCCAUACAAAUGUAACAAGUGUGACAAAGCCUUCGGAACAUACUCGGCGCGCAAGUUCCACCAGCUGGCUCACGAGGGAAUCCAUCCAUACAAAUGCAGCUAUUGCGAUAAGAUUUAUCAGCGCAAUACGAAACUGCAGGUUCACAUUCGUCGUAUCCAUACCGGUGAGCGUCCCUUUGCGUGCGAUAUGUGCGAAGAUGAACGAUUCUAUCAGAACUGGGAGCUAACUGCCCACAAAAGAAAGGUUCAUAAUUUGGAAGUGACCAAUCAACAGCAUGGACAGAAGGUGGAACCAGACGAUGAUGAGGAGGAUGCAGAAAUGGGCGAGGAAGAGGGCAUGGAGGAACAAUUUGAGUAUGAAUCGAAAGCAAAACGAUUAAAAUCCUCUCCAAAGUAAAAAAGAAGUUUGAUGAAUGAGUGGCAGUGAUCAUUUGUUAACUAAUUGAAUGUUAUACAAUUCAAUGAUAUUAAAAGUUCGUUAGGAAUAAAUACAAUUUUUUCGAGAGGC